AUGGCUUCACUGGGUCCAUGUUCAUUCUGCUCUAAAUGCGGAUUUUGUUUUGAAAAUCACCUGAACGACUACUUCGAUUUUUGCCCGUCUUGUGGAACAGAGGUGAGUUCAGAGGUAGCAAGCGAUGAUGAUGAAAGGUCGAUUAUCGAGUAUUACUUUUCGAGGGGAUAUACUCAUGAAAGUAUUGUCAAGCUGCUUUCUAAACAGCACGGUAUUCAUAUAGGGGAGCGAACACUGAGAUAUCGAUUGCAGAGUUACGGUUUGCGUAGACGGUGUCCUGUUUAUGAUUUAGCUGAAGUACGACAGCGUGUAGCUGAACAACUUGAUGGUCCUGGUUCUAUGGGUGGAUACAGAUCUGUGUGGCAUACACUUCGACUUGACGGGAUUCAAGUUCCUCGACAAGUAGUUGCAACAGUCGUGAGGGAACUCGACCCCUUGGGUUGUAAGAUGAGGAAAGGGAAACGACUGAAACGAAGGAAAUAUUAUGCUCCAGGUCCUAACUUUUGCUGGCACAUUGAUGGAUAUGACAAAUUAAAACCUUUUGGUUUUCCUAUACAUGGCUGUAUCGACGGCUGGAGCAGAAAGAUUAUGUGGUUACAAGUAGCGCGUUCAAACAAUAAUCCUGAAGUUCCAGCGAAGAAUUUCUUAGAGUCUGUUACUGAAUACGGCGGUUGUCCAGUCAAAGUGCGUAGCGAUUGUGGCACUGAAAAUGGUGUCUUGGCGGCAAUACAGUGUGAAUUUAGAGGUACAGCUGAUGCACAUGUGUUUGGAUCGUCUCCUUCUAAUCAGAGGAUUGAAGGGUGGUGGUCGUUCUAUAGAAGGAAUCGUUCCACUUGGUGGAUCAACUACUUCAAAGAUUUGAUUGAAAAAGAUGAAUUUCACCCAGGAAACCAGUUAGAGGAAGAAGCUUUGUGGUAUUGCUUUUCUAGAAUUCUGCAAGAAGACCUGGACUUAGUAAGAGAACACUGGAACACUCACCGCAUCCGGGACUCUAAGCAUGACACUGUGCCUGGUAGACCUGAUGAAUUAUUUUUUUUACCAGAAUGUAAUGGGGGAAUUGAUGGGCUACUUCUUCCAGUUUCUACUGAGAAACUACGUUUUGUGUCAGACAACUUGUUACAGCAUGAAGAUGAAAUUAACGAAUUUCAGAAUUACUUUGACUACAUUAUGGCUAACAGCAACUUUCAUCUACCAAGCAACUGGAGAGAGGCAGAAUGGUUGUAUCUGCAAUUUGUUAGUAUUGCUACCCAGUAG